UGGCUUCUAUAUUACUCAAUACCAUGCUUGAAAGGACGACUUCUGGAUGUUUAUCUCACUCACUACAGCUUAUUAGUUGAAGCAACUCAAACACUUCUUGGAGAAGGAAUCACAGAAGAUGACCUGCAACGCUCAGAUCUUCUACUUCACCAUUUUGUUAAAUCAGCAGACACAUUGUACGGUGAUAAUUUUCUCGGUUUGAAUGUUCACAAUUUGCUUCAUAUUGUUCCCUGUGUAAGAAAGUGGGGUCCAUUGUGGGCAUGGUCCUGUUUUUGUUUCGAGUCUUUCAACGGGGAAAUAAAAAAAAACAUUCAUGGAACUGGAAAUGUGUGCAGGCAGAUAUUUUGGUACCUUCAAGCUCAAAAACAGAUAGAGAAAAAAGCAUCUGAACCUGGGGAUGGAGCUGUGAAAGACUUUCUCCGGGAAAUGACUGGCCAUUGCAGCAGUUCUAAAACUGGAUUGGACGCUUACCAGUGUUUGGUAAAGGGGAAGUUAAAUGAAGGACCUGCUGAACUCCCACAAGUCCAAGAAAAAAAGUUAUUUGAACUUUCAAACAAAAACUCCAUGAAAGAAUUUUCGAAAGCUUCCAAAAUUGUCAGAAAUGGCUUCAUUAUGUAUUCGAAAGCUUGUAAAAAAGUUCAGAAAAGAAAUUCUUUUACAAUUCGCACAUCCGGUAACACUGUGGUUGAAGUACACUAUUAUUUGAUGGACAAUACAUCUAGACAUGUAUAUGCUGUAUGUACAAAGCUAGACACUACCUGUGCCGUGAUUGAAAGACGUGUGCCUCAUAUUCGACAAGCAAGAACUGUACAAGAUGUCGAGCUCCAUAUCAUGAAAGCUGAGGACUUACAACAGCUUGUUGUCAACUUUAAAGUGAAUGAUCAGCAGUUUGUAGCCUUCAUCCCAAACACCAUAGAAAGAGACUGAAAUGUCUAAAGUUUAAAACAUGGCAAGAUGGUCUCGCUUAGAAUAAAGUAAAGUAAAGUGGUAAUUCAUAAUACAGACUCAAUACCAUGUUAGUGAACUUCAGUAUCUAUAAAAUAUGAUUGAAUAAUGAUAUUUAAACAAUGAUUCAACUUUUCAACUGUGAUAGACUGUUUAUAACAAAAGUUGCAAUAUUUACAUCCACUACAAAGUCU